AUGGCUAAAUCAAGAAAAGAUUUAACAUUUGGCAAUAAAAGUAAACUAAUUAUUGAUUACAAAAAUGGGUUAAAUCAACGACAACUACAGGAAAAAUACAAAAUAAGUAUCGGUGCCGUCAACAACAUCAUCAAAAAUACUGAUUAUAUUUUAAGUCAAACAAACAAACAUAAGAAACGGAUCAGACGUACGCCAAAUGAUAAAUUAAAUGAAUUGGUGCUAAAGUUUGUACAAUUGUCUAACGCAAAUAAAGUGCCAAUUGAUGGACCAAUUAUUAAAGUGUUUGCAUCAGAUAUAGCAAUAAGACUUAACUUAAAUCAAUUUAAAGCAUCAGAUGGAUGGCUAUCAAAAUUUACAAAAAGACAUGAAAUUAAGUAUCAAUCAUAUAGUGGCGAAUCUGCAGAUAUAAAUGAUAAAACUGUUGAACAAUGGAUAGAAAAUCUAAAAGAUUUACUAAAGGAUUACAAUAUUGAAGACAUUUUCAAUUUCGAUGAAACGGGACUUUUCUAUAAAUUAUUACCAAAAAAGUCGUAUCUUUUAAAAGGAGUUAAUAAAUUUGGUAAAAAAAAAUUCAAGCAAAGAGUGACAUUAGGUUUGUGUUGUUCAUCUGUUGGUGAAAAAUUAAAGCCAGUCAUCAUUGGUACCGCUCGUAAACCUCGAUGUUUUAAUAAUAUGAAAACCAGUAUCAAUUCAUUAGGAAUACAUUAUUAUAAUAAUUCAAGUGCAUGGAUGACACAAACUCAAAAUAAUCGCAAAAUAUUGCUAUUUGUUGAUAACUGUUCGGCACAUAAAAUACCAGAUGAUUUGAAUUUUUCAAAUAUUAAGAUUCAAUAUUUUCCGGCUAACACUACAUCACGUCUUCAACCACUGGAUCAGGGAAUCAUCAGAUCAUUCAAAGCUAAAUAUCGAAGUUAUUUAAUAAGACAUUUGACUAAUAAUAUGCAUGAUUUAUACCAAUCAACUGUUAAUAACAAUAAUAUUGAAUUUGGUACUGAAUUGAAAAACAUGAUUAAAAGAUUUGAAAUUCAGACCAACAGUGACACUAUUGUCGAAGAAGUGGUCGCCGAUUCAUUUGAAACAUUUCAGUCAUGUAUUGGCGAAAAUCUUAUGACAUUUGAAGAGAUUGAUAAUUUUGAAGACUCUUUACAAUUGCAUAGUAAUGACUUUAAAAACGAUUUGCUUGAAGAAGCUAUUAAUGAUAAUAUCGACAAUAAUGAUACCGAUAUUGAAAUUAUGACAUCAAAUGAGUUGCCAUUAAAUGAUUUUGUUAUCAAUAAUAAUAGUCUUACAGUUAAUGAUGGCUUAGAAAUGGUGACAAAACUUGAGACAUUAAUUAUCUCAGAAUUACCUGAACUUAAGAAACAAAGUCUCAAACAAACAUCAAUUACUGAUUACUUUAAGUGA